AGGAGGGAGUGUGAGUUUAAUGUUCCCUCUGGUCGUCUUCGAUGCCCGGGGAUCCACUUUACUUCACAGGCAUUUUUUUCUAAGCCCUUUUUUGUGUCUCAUCUCCCCGACACUUUAAAUUUCUCUUCAAGAAAAUUAGGACUACUGCAUUUUUACUCCUCACCUGUCCUGUGCAACAUCCAAGUCACAAGCCAUGCUCCUACCCUCGUCAAUACUCCUCCUCCUUGGCCUCCUCACCUGGAGUCCCAGUGCAUCAUGGGCUGCUAAAGUGAUUGUGGUCCCGCCCAUCAUGUUUGAAUCACACCUCUACAUCUUCAAGACAUUGGCCACGGCUUUGCACCAGGAGGGCCAUGAGACCCAUUUUCUAGUUUCAGAGGGUCGUGAAGUUCCCCCCUCGCCUCACUACCACUUACAGCGUUACCCAGGGAUCUUUAACAGCAGCACAGCUGACAAUUUCCUCCAGUCCAAAGUCAGCAACAUCUUCUCAGGCCGCCUGACAUUUCUGGAACUGUUUGACAUUCUUGACCACUACUCUCAGAACUGCGAUGCUGUAGUUGGCAGUGCUGAGGUCAUGACCCGCCUCAAGCAGGCCAAGUUUGACCUGCUGCUGGUGGACCCUAAUGAGAUGUGCGGUUUUGUUAUUGCUCAUAUCUUGGGUGUAAAAUAUGCAGUGUUCAGCACAGGCCUUUGGUACCCUGCAGAAGUGGGUGCCCCAGCCCCGCUUUCAUAUGUACCUGAAUUCAACUCGUUGCUGACGGACCGCAUGUCUCUGGUCCAGAGGAUCACCAACACAGCUGUUUAUCUGGUCCAGCGCUUUGGAGUCCGUUACAUAGCAUUACCCAAGUAUGACCGGAUUAUGAAGAAACAUGGAGUGAAGCCUCAGGUGGCCAUGGCUGACUUGGUGCAGGGCAGCCGACUGUGGAUGCUGUGCACUGACAUGGCUCUGGAGUUCCCCAGGCCCACCCUGCCGCAUGUGGUGUACAUAGGAGGCAUCCUCACCAAGCCUCCCAACCCACUGCCACAGGAUUUUGAGACAUGGGUGAAUGACACAGCGGAGCAUGGCUUUGUUGUUGUGUCAUUCGGAGCUGGGGUCAAGUACCUUUCCCAUGACAUCGCUCACAAACUGGCAGGAGCCCUCGCCAGGCUGCCCCAGCGUGUCGUCUGGAGAUUCUCAGGAGUCCCACCCAGUAACCUUGGCAACAACACCAAGCUUGUUGAUUGGAUGCCUCAGAAUGACUUAUUAGGCCAUGCCAACACAAGGGCUUUCCUGAGCCACGGUGGCCUGAACAGCAUCUAUGAGGCCAUGUAUCAUGGGGUGCCGGUGGUGGGUGUACCCUUGUUCGGAGACCACUACGACACCAUGACUCGUGUGGCAGCCAAAGGUAUGGGUGUCAUGCUACACUGGAAGACCAUGACUGAGGAAGACCUCUACACGGCCCUGUCCAGCGUCAUUACAGACACAAGGUACCGCCAGCAAGCACGCCUUCUCUCCACCAUUCACAAAGACCAGCCAGGCCACCCUGUGACCAGAGCCGUCUACUGGAUCAGCUACCUCCUCCGUCACAAUGGUGCCAACCACCUGCGCUCCGCCGUAUACGAGGUGUCCCCUUACCAGUAUUUCCUGCUGGAUGUGAUUUUCACCGUAGUGGCUGUCUUGGCUAUGACCGUCUUUGCCCUGCGCCGAUUGGGACGAUUGCUGAGGGCAAAGUUCGGGGACCAGAACAGAGGAAGUGGUGCCACCAGGGAUGAUGGCAACAUGGUCAAUGGACAUUGCCAUAGUGAAAGCAUGUCCAACGGUAAACACAAACGCAAUGGCUCCUUGAAAAACGAGAAGAAGAUGAAUUAAUGUUUGAAUGGCCAAGAGGGACGAGGAAGAAGUUGCCUCAAGGACUCAGCUCUAGGUUUGGUUUAGUGGUUUUAUAAAAGCUUGGAGGGGAAGCUGUUCUUAGGUCUGUGUCAAGAGGCAACUGCUACUCAGAGCGAGCAAGAGGCUGUAGGAGGAUACACAAUGCAUCGUGUGGGGACAGAACAAGGAAUUGGGUGCUCAAAAUCUGUGUGUGUGUGGGUGUAUGUGUAUGUGUGCACUGAGGCGAAUUUAACGAAGACUCUAACAACAGCAGCUACAGCAAUACAACACCAAAUUGGAAAGUCAUUGAGGAAGAAACACAGGAAAGACACAUUGGAGGACAUUUGCUUUAACAUGUGCAUCUUCUCUCCUGCGUGUUCUCUGUAGUCUUCUUGCCUUCCCGCCAGUGGAGGGAUGAUGAAGAGGGGAAAUCAUGAACGCCAACCCCUUAUCCUCGGUACAAAACAAAACAAAAUAAACGGAUAACUCUUGAAAUAUUUAGGAUUUAAAGUUUUUAACUGCAAAACUCUGCUUCACACGUGUCUAGUAAACUUUAAAAAGAGGACAAAUCUAUUUAUUACUGUACAAACACAUUUUAAUGAUGGACCUUAUUAACUUAUCUUAUUUUUAAUUUAUUUCAUGUAUUAGUGGUGUGAUAGCAUGAUGAUGGAUGUACACUCCCUCUAAGCUAAUAUCCGCACAACAUUGUGUCUUUCACAUUGAUGAAGCAAACAAAACAAAAACUGACAGCAGCAGUCAUUGUAAGAAUGCACAGGUCUGUGCUUCCUGCAUUAUCCACAGUAUUCAUGGUGGUCCUUUUUUUCCAAGCUAAUCAGUGUGUUGAAAAUAUUUUUCAACUUUUCUCCUUUUCACAUGGUAGUGCCAACCUGUGACCGCACUUUUCUGUGCAGCAUUCCCAUUGUCUCUUGACUGACAGUUUGUCCUGCUAGAGAAUAACUCAACUGAACUGUGUUUGGCUUAUCAGUGUGAAAAGGGUGAUUAUGUAAUUAUCAAAAGAUAAGGAUACUGUGGAGAGGCAGUGUCAGAUCAGAAAUGUGUUCAACAUCAUCCAGUCAGGUGAUCAGGGAUGAGUCGGAGCAUCAUUGAUUUAUGAUUACUUGCUUCGUCAGUCCCAUAUCUUGAUUCUGCAUCCCUCAUCUGCCUAUUAAUUAGCAAGGAUUCAACAGUUGAUUGCCAUUUUUAGUGCUUCACUUGACAUUGUAUAUCAUUCUUCUAUGAUUUAUUUGUUGGAUACUUUCUAACUUAUGUUACAAAUGCUAGUUUUAAAUGACACUGUUCAGAUAGGAGUCUAUUCAAUGCUUCUCUUCUGCAAGUUAAUGUCUGUUAAGUUAAGUUCUUGAGGUUCAUGUACAAACUAUGCAGACCUUUAUGAAAUUAUAUCAACCUACAGUGUGAAUGAUCCACACUGUAUGUGGCCUUUUAUAAUGCAAACAUGUGUGCAGAAUGCUUGAAUACCGAUGUGCAAGUGUGCUUGGUGUUGUUUAAAUGCUUGUGUGUUUUAGACUACUGUACAGCUUUAGACUGAGUGUAUGGAUGAAACAAGUCAGAUGAGGUAUAUUUUAGCCCAUUGCUAAAACAACUGUUGGCUCUUUUUUUUUUUUGCUGUUUUCUGAAGUCAUGUCAUCAUACUGAGUGUAUGCCCAUAGUUAUGCAAAGGAAUCUGUUCUUUCAAGACUGAAGUUGCCGUCAGUAGCUUUUACAUCAUCUUAUGUGUCAAUCCGCGCCACGUCAUUUUACUUUUUUUACUUGGCCAGCAUUAAGCCGUUAGGUCUGUUAAUUCUAAAUGAAGAUGAAGGAAGGGUGUAAGAAGAGGGAAAGACUGGCAUAGUUCCAACAACAAAGGUGAAUCCCACUACUUCUACAGUGAAUAAUAAUGUGUCGACACAACACUGAUCCCAGCAGCGAAAUUCUCUUUCCUUGAACCCCCGUCAGGGAGAUCAGAGUCCAGGGCAAGUUGGCGGAGUAUCUUUGGAGUUUGUGGGGAUUCAGUAUCCUGCCAAUGGACAUUUCAGAAGGGCAGGCGCUCAUCAACAUGGGACAUGAAAAUCUCAUGAGAGUAACAGUUGGAAGAUGUAUCAAAACACCAGGCCAGAUGUACUGUAUUUUUCUCCAAUGUUCUAGCAGCACAGUCAGAUAUCUACUUUUCUAAAGUUGCAAAUUGCAACUGCAUGUUGGCAUCCGAGCAAAGAGUUUGUUUACCAAGUUACUAAAGCCUCACUCAUGUAGCUAUGUAAAUUUAAAUGAAACUGAAGAAAUACUAUCACUUAACCAGUCAAAACUGUAGAGGACUUUAACAUCCAACCAACAUGCAUAAGUUCACAAAUCCUGUAUGAUAACUGAGAAAAGCUUCAUGAUCUUCCGUUCUCUGUGAGCUACAAUUAUACUUGCACAGCCCAGCCCAGCCCUGCUGAACACAGACUAUUAUACUUGAAUCAUCAUCUUUACCAUCAUCAUCAAUAACAACUUCAGCUGUUGGGUGUGUGGGACUGUCUGCAGGUGCUGCAUAAGCUAUGAACAGAGUCUGGAGAGAAAGAAAAAUUAUUUGUGAAGAUAUCUUUUUUUUGUUAUUAUAAUCAUUAUUAUUAUUAUUAUUUCAGUAUUAAUGUUGUUACAGCCCAUAUAGUAAAAUGCCCACCCAUGCCCCCCUUUUUAAUUCUCUCUUCUGUUUCUGUACUUACUCUGCAGUCUGUUCUUGUGGCAUUUGUAUUUCAUCAGCUUGGAGACUUUGUGCAUUUGCUGUUCCAUUUGUCCACCUUUCUGAUUUACUCUUAACUUUGUGGUGUAUUCUGCAGUCUUUGUAUUCUUGUCUCUUUGUUUCUUGUCUCUUCCUUCCUCCCCUUGCCCCCAAAAUAUAAGACCUCUCCAUUUACUUGCUUUUUUAAAAAUGUUAAUUUUACUUUGAUUUUAAAACUUUAAAAGUCCUCAAUUUUCCUGUCAUGUGUGUCCAUGUUGUAAAUAGAACAAUGUAAACAAAGUACUAAUGCUGAAUAAAAAUUACAUAUUUGUU